CAAAUCCCUUGCCUUUAACUGAAUGCUUGCAUGCAUUUUCCCGGACACUCUCUUUUAAGCUUACUUGUGUAUAACAUUCAAUGUAGAUAUAAGAUUAUAUGAGCCUCUUCUCACUUUCUGUUCCAUUUCACUUGCGUCCUCAUCAACAAUUUUCGAAGCCGACUCUCUUUCAAGCUUGUUUACACAUUCGCUUCUAACUACCAACAUGAUCGUAGCCCACUGGACAUUCGGAGCAAUCCUUGCUGCCACUGCGGCCUCGGCUUCUACGGACGACUUACAGUUCUUUGCUCGUUUGCUUAAGCGCCAAGAACCCGGGACUCCUUCCUACAACUGCCACGAUAAUUGCGGCCAAGCCAUCAUUCAAGGGAGAAGCAGCAAGGAUGUAUGCCAUGAUGAUAUCUUCCUAGCCGACUACAAGGCCUGCCUGCAGUGCGCAGGGCCCGACAACCAGGACAUCUGGCAAUAUUACGGAAACAGUUUAACCAAAACUGCAAGUUCAUGCGGUCUUUCAACGUCGCCUCUCUCAGGUCAACAGCCUGAUGUGGGACCAGCGGUUCCCGCCGGCUCCUCUGGUACGGCGAGUGCAUCGGAGUCUCCCUCGUCCACUGCAUCUGUGACUAAAACAUCUACGCCCGUGUCCACUGAUACCGAAUCGCCCACUAAAACGCCUACUGAGGCGCCUACCGAAGUACCAACUGUUACCGAGUCCUCUCAAGAGGCACCCACUGUCGGUCCUAGCACCCCAGAAGCAACCCCGACCGAAUCCACAACAGCUUCUUCCGGCACCGAAUCCAAGUCUAAACACCACACCACAACAGUCACACACGCCCCCUCGGGUACUGGAAGCCACAGCGGAUACGGAACAGGAACGGCAACCACAUCAUCUGAGUCUGCCAUAGCUACUGGUGCCGCCAAUACCUUCGCCAACGGUGGUGUUGGCUUCUAUGGCGCCCUGGUGUUUGGUGUUUUGUAUGCCGCCGCGCAGUAGAUUUCGACACCCUCUGAGUCCUGGAACUAUUACGCGACUAUAUAUCUAUGUAAAAUAUAUAAUUUGGUGAGAUAAUAUUUAUAAG